UCGGAAGCGGCGCUGCUGAGCCAACCGGCUGCUGAGCGUUUGUCGAAGCAGCCAAUGGGCGAUGCGUAGGCGGUUUAAAAUCUGCCGGCGGUUGGGGCGCCGGGCAGCGCGGCUCUUCUCUGUGUGGUGGGGUGUCUGUGGGCCGGCCCGCCCCGCCCUUUGCGCGACCUGAGCCGAGCCCUCUCCUUCGUGGGUGCCGCUGUCCGGCCUCGGCGCUGCCGGUAGCUCCUGAGAGUGGUCUCAUCAACCUGAAGAUGGCAACACUAAUCUUUAUUGACAAGGAGAAUGGUGAAGUUGGUGCCUCUAAGAAUCAGCUAAGACUCCCUUCAGGAUCUUCAAAAGUCUUGUCUGAAAGAACACAAGUUAACACUCCACUUCCUAAAAAAGCAAUCAGUACACCUCCAGCCACAUCUCACUCUGUCAGAAGGGCUCUUGGAAAUGUGAAUAGAACUGAAGGAGUCAUGAGCAAGAUGGAAAAGAUAAGACAGAAAAAUCAGCCUUGCACUGCAAACAAAAUUACUGAAAAGACUGCUGGAUUAGAAAGCUGUGAUGCAGUGGCUGAAGAAGACUGGCCAGAAAUAGAAAAUAUGUUUUCUUUUGAUCCUCGAGACUUUGAGAGUUUUGAUCUUCCUGAAGAGCACAAAGUAAGCAAUAUCAACCUAUGUGGUGUUCCCCUGAUGAUAUUUGAAAGGACGUAUGACAGCUGUGUGAACAUGGUUCCUUCACCUGUGAAGAUCAAAGAGACUUCAUGGGAGUCUAACUUGUUACAAUCAACUGCUGACUUCCUUGCUACGCUGGAUGAGAUCAUUGACAUGCCACCUCCUAAUUAUGACCUUUAAUGCAUAUUCUGAAUCUUUUAUUGAGUUCAAAUUUCAUGUAGUUCUGUAUUUUAAUAAAGGCUAACCUAAUCUGUA